AGACACGAAGAAACCACACUCUCUCUCUCUCGAAGCGGAAAUCGGAAAUGUUCUAAAGGAUAUACACAUCGAACCACAGAUACACGAGAUCAUGGCUGCCUGUUAUAAUGCCUACAGCGCGGGAUCGCAGUCCUUUGAGUUCGACGAGGAUGACGACGACGCCUCCUUCGACAGUGGCUACGAGAAGAGUUUCGAGACGGAGGCCCAGCUGAGCUCCCGUCGGCGCUUGGACUUCGAGGACCGUUACAGCGGCACUUCGCCGGCCUCGGCGGUCCAGCAGCCGUACUCCGCCGGCGCCUGGGACGCCGUACCGCUCAACUCACCGCCGGCGGGAUUCGUGGGCCUGCUGGACACGAGCAGCAACCACAGCUCAAGGAGCGGCAGAACUCUAGUGGAGCACCUGAACAGCCGAGCCUCGGCCGGUGUCUUCGAUCCACCUUUGACCAGUACCCCGGUGAAGUCACCCGAGGAUCCGGAAGCGCCGCGCCAAAAGCGCAAAUAUGCCGUCGGCAAGAACAGGGUGACGCGCUCGCGCAGUCCCACUCAGGUGGUCAGGAUCAAGCGGUUCCGACGGAUGAAGGCCAACGACAGGGAGCGGAAUCGGAUGCACAACCUCAACGAUGCACUGGAAAAACUACGGGUCACUCUGCCCUCGCUGCCGGAGGAGACGAAGCUGACUAAGAUCGAGAUCCUGCGGUUUGCGCACAACUACAUCUUUGCCUUGGAGCAGGUGCUGGAGAGUGGUGGCUCCAUAAAUCUGGACCUGGAGAAGCUGCAGAACUUCACGCUGAGUGGUGAGAGGAUCACCAAGGAGCUGUUCGAUGCGCUGUUCGUGAAUCCCCAGCCCUUCCCCAUGUUCGGAUGCGGCAGGAUGUUUCCCUAUGGUCAGGGUAUCGGUCCUCUUGCCCAGAAUCAGCCACCGCCGGCUCCGCCUGCAGAGCAUCCUCCCGCGAUGGGGGGCUAUCAGCAGGGCUUGGACUACCCGCAGCCGCAUCCGCCAGGCUUUGACUUCACAGGCAGCAUGCGUUUCUACCACCAACAGCAACAGCAGCAGCAGCAGCAGCCACAGCCUCAUCCCCAUCCACACCAUCUGCAGCCCAAUCCCCAGCAGGAGUCCAGCCCGCAGCAGUUCUCGCAGGAGAAAUACGAUCUGUUCAGGGGCUCCUUCGAGGCAGCUGCCAGUCUUCAGCCCACCAACCUGGAUUCUGGGAUUCAUCAUCAGAGCAGCUUCUACACGCAAACGCCGCCUUGGAAGGACUACCCCGAGGAUCAGGCUCAUCCGCAUGCCAUUCCACAUCCACACAGCUACAAGCAGUUCGCCCCACAGGUGUAGCACAGUUUUGAGGGCCUUUACGGCGAUCUAAGGUUUUUCAGCGUGAUAUAUUUGAAGAUUGCAGGGGCUUGCAGGAAACUGAUCUAGUGAAAUCUUGCAGAGGUGCACUCCUGACUUACUUUAACCAGAAAACUAAAGUAACUCACGGGUCUCAUCUCAUCUAGAGAUUUUCUUCCUAACUUUCCUCGAGUCCCGCGCAAUCCGUUGAUAUUGGUAGUAAGUGAGGCACUAUAUUGACUGCUUAGAUUAUGCUUUCCUUUGGAAGUGGAAGAUCUUUAAAAAUUCCUCUCUCCAAACCCAAGCUAAUCUGUGCACUCAAUUGGUUUCAUGUUAUAGAAGGAUCUUCAAAAGAUUAACCAAUGAUGUCCACCUCAAAACCAAUCAUCCAUAGAUCAGGUUUACUAAUUAUUUACUUCAUAUUCAUUCCCUAUUGGUUUCUUUUCUGAUGAUCUCCAGUGAAUAUUUGAAUUAAGAGUGCUUAAGCGGAAGAUUUCCAAGGAAGUACUCCUUCUCUCAACAUAUUCCCUUCAUACUCUUCUUGACUAUAUAGUACAAAUCGGUUGUCCAUUUAGUAUAAGCGGAUACGUACCUUGCCAUUGUAGACCCGUAAGUCUAGUCAUAAGGAUCACUGAAAUGUACCAGGUAUUAGCCAUAAUUAUCUGUACAAUCGAUUAAGUAUUCAUGUAGGUUAUGCCAGAUUCUAUAUCAGUUAUUGCAAUGCAAGGAAAGCGAGCUAGUCAGGGCCAGAACUUUAAAGUGAUAAGAUUGAAUUUCGAUGUAAUGCCAUA